ACAAACAACAUAUGUAUGUAAACAAAAUUGCAUCAACCAUCAACAUCAACUUUAGUUGGCUCUAAUCAGGCUCCAGUCCAACCUGCCUUCAGCCAGUUUCAGAUUGGCUUACUUAGAUUUGUUCAGACCAAUUUGUGAGGAAGAACGAGGAAGAAGAGAGCUCAUCAAGCUUGUAUUAUUUGAAAACUAAUUGUCCUCCUAAAAACUCACCAUGUCGUACAUGCUUCCGCAUUUGCACAACGGCUGGCAAGUCGACCAAGCAAUUCUGUCUGAAGAAGAUCGUGUCGUGGUCAUCCGAUUUGGUCACGAUUGGGAUCCUUCAUGCAUGAAGAUGGACGAGGUUCUAUUCAAUAUUGGAGAAAAAGUUAAAAAUUUUGCCGCUCUUUACUUAGUGGACAUCACAGAGGUUCCAGAUUUCAAUAAAAUGUACGAGUUGUACGACCCUUGCACAGUGAUGUUCUUCUUCCGCAACAAGCACAUCAUGAUCGAUUUGGGCACUGGCAACAACAACAAAAUCAACUGGCCGCUAGAAGAUAAGCAGGAGAUGAUUGACAUUGUCGAAACUGUGUACCGAGGUGCAAGAAAGGGCCGUGGUCUGGUAGUUUCUCCUAAAGAUUACUCGACCAAGUACAGAUAUUAACUCAAUGGGAACACAUCAGUGUAUUUGUGCAACAAGACUCAUGUAUCAUUUAAUUUAGCUACAUUUUAUUACAAGCCCAUAAAUCACUUAUGUUCUCAAACCGGGUGAA